UGUACAAUAUGUGUUUUAGUACAAGAGCGUUUUGGUUACUGCCAGUGCUGUAAAGUUAAUCAUCAGCCUUACAGUGUAAACAUAUUUUCUGUUUGCUGAUAUUAAUGUAAAAUAAGAAGAAAAAUAAAACUACGAGUAUUGAAAUACCAGAUUAGUAGCACGGCUGUUGCUUACUGUUCUCAAAAGGGAAAAGAGACAAAUAGCAUUUUUAAAAUAGCACCUAUAAACAUUUUCAAAUCUCAGAAUGGCCAAAAUCUCAGGUUUUGUGGCUAUCCUUCUGUGUUGUAAUUGAAUAUCCAGAAUGAGUGGUUCUUUACAUGCUUUAGACUGCGAUCACAUUUUGCUAGAAGAAGCUUUGAUCCCAUGUGGAUAUUGGAAACCUAAAAUCAAAAGUCAUUACAUUGAUUAGCUUGUUUCACUUGCAGCUUCAUGCAUUUAUAAAGCAUCAAAUUUAUUUGUAGUCUCAGUUACAACUGUCAACAAAACGAAAACAUUUAGAACCUGUUUUUCUUGAUUUUGUUACUGCUAUGAAUUAUUGUCACUUUCUACUUUUACAUGGUUAUUUUUUACGUGAAUAAAAAUAAGUUGACGUAGUGCUACUUUUAUUUUAUUACACUGUUUGGCUGCUCUAUCCGUGUCAAAUAAUCCUAAUCUGAACCUGAAGUCGCAUCGUAAAAAGUCAAACGCGGUGAAACAUUUUUCAUGCGAUUCUCACGACCGCAGUCAUUGGCAGGGCUCGGGUCACGUGAUAAGAAAUAUGUAAACACGGACCCAGAAUCCGUAGUUCGCUACAGAAAAACAACAGACAGUGCAGCUAAUUAUCCGAGGUAAACAAUCUGACUUUCCCUUCCAGCUUUCCUGCGCCAUUUGCGCACCAGCUGACUGCGACAGCGCAGCUGCAGCGAGCCUGUCGGCUGAGUCUGUAGGUUGAGUCUCCGCCUGCUUGUCCUGUCAGCGAUUUGCUCCAGGGCCUGACAGGAGCGCAGCCGGCCGAGCCGAUGACAGUCGGAGCAUGGAGAACCCGGAGAAAGGAGGCAGGAGGAACCCGCUGGCCACCGCCAACCUGUUCUCAAAGCUGUUCCUCUGUUGGUUGACGCCGCUGAUGCACCGCGGUCACAAGCAGCGACUCAACGAGAACGACAUGUACGGCGUUCUGCCAGAGGACCGGUCCGAAAACCUGGGAGAAGAUCUACAGAGAAUUUGGACCCAAGAAGUAAGAAGUGCAAGAAAGGAACUGCAGGAUCCAAACCUGACCCGAGUUCUCCUGAAGGCUUAUGGGAAAUCUUACGCUCUGGCUGGACUGUAUGUAUUCUCACUGGAAGCCAUUAAGGUGUUCCAACCUCUUCUUCUGGGGAAAAUAAUUGAGUAUUUUGAGAACUAUAACCCAGACGAUGCUGCUGGUCUUUACACGGCCUACGGCUUUGCUGCUGCCAUGUCCAUCUCCACCUUCGCGCUGACGAUCCUCCAACAUCUUUACUACUAUCAGGUUCUCCGAAUUGGCAUGAGGAUUCGAGUGGCCAUGUGUCACAUGAUCUACCAGAAGGCUCUGCGUCUCAGCAGCGAGUCGAUGGGACGAACAACCACCGGGCAAAUCGUCAACCUUCUUUCUAAUGACGUCAACCGCUUUGACGAGAUUAUACUGAACCUACACUACCUUUGGGUCGGACCGCUUCAGGCGCUGGUCGUCAUCGUCUUGCUGUGGUCUGAAAUCGGCCCUUCCUGUCUGGCCGGCGUGGCCGCCAUCGCCCUCAUGAUGCCGGUUCAGACGUGGUUCGGAAAACUGUUUGGCAUCUUCAGGAGCAAAACGUCGGUCCUCACCGACGGCCGGAUCCGCAUCAUGAACGAAGUUGUGUCUGGCAUCAGGAUAAUCAAGAUGUACGCCUGGGAGAAACCGCUGUCGGCUCUCGUCACUGAAGUGCGACGGAAAGAAAUCUGCCAGGUUUUGAAGAGCUCCUACCUGCGAGGACUCAACAUGGCGUCCUUCUUCGCCAGUAGCAAGAUCACGGUGUUCGUGACGUUCGCCGCCUUCGCUCUGCUGGGGAACGCCAUCACGGCCAGCAGCGUGUUUGUCACCGUGUCGCUCUACAGCACCAUUAAACUCACCGUCACGCUGUUCUUCCCUCUCGCCAUCGAGAAGAUGUCGGAGACCGCAGUGAGCGUUCAUAGGAUUAAGAAUUUCCUGACGUUACAAGAAGUGGAGAGAAGAACGUUUGAACCGCCGCUGGAGGAAAUGAAGGAAAACGUUGUGGAGAUGGAGAAUCUGAGCUGCUACUGGGACAAGACGUUGGAUUCUCCGUCUCUGCAGAACAUUUCUCUCUCGGUGAAACCGCAUCAACUUGUAGCUGUGAUUGGACCCGUAGGGGCUGGGAAGGUCAGUGACGAAGAGUCUUCGUUGCUGAGUGCCAUCCUGGGAGAGCUGCCGCGCGACACGGGCGCGCUGAGGGUCAAAGGUCAGCUGGCCUUCGCCUCCCAGCAGCCCUGGGUUUUCCCCGGAACCAUCCGCAGCAACAUCCUGUUUGGGAGAGAACUGAACCCGAAGAAGUACGAGAAAGUGCUGCAGGCCUGCGCUCUGAAGAAGGACCUGGAUGUUUUUCCUGAUGGAGAUCUGACUCUGAUCGGGGACAGAGGAGCCACUCUGAGCGGAGGACAGAAAGCUCGCCUGAACCUGGCCAGGGCUGUGUAUGAGGAAGCAGACGUCUACCUGCUGGACGACCCUUUAAGUGCCGUAGACGCAGAAGUUGGGAAGCAUCUUUUUGAACAGUGUAUCUGCGGGCUGCUGCAGAACAAAUGUCGUGUCCUGGUAACGCACCAGCUGCAGUAUCUGCAGGCCGCAGACAAGAUUCUGGUCCUGAGGGAGGGUCACAUGGUGGGACAGGGGAGCUACGGGGAGCUGCAGCGCUCCAGCCUGGACGUGGUUUCACUGCUGAGGAAAGACGAGGAGCAGGACUCUGAUAAUCUGUCUCUGCACAGUCAGUGGACCAACUUCUCCCACAGUUCCCACAGCAGCCUCCUGCCAGCAGACAGCAGCUGCCCUGACCAACCUCCUGCGGAAGCGGCUCCGACGCUCGCAGAAGAGAGUCGAGUGGAAGGAAACGUCGACGGCCAUGUUUACCUGAAGUACUUCACUGCCGGCUGCAGCUCUCUGGUUCUGCUGCUUAUUGUUGUCAUCAGCAUCGUAGCGGAGGUGGCCUACAUCCUGCAGGACUGGUGGCUGGUUUACUGGGCGAGAGCCGGCGUCUCCAACAGCUCGGCUCCCGUCGUCGGCAUCAGAAACGGCGUCAACGCCACGCCGGCAGACGCAGAGUUUCACCUCACCUUUUACCUGGGCGUUUACUCAGGUCUCACCGUGGCCGCCGUGGUGUUUGGGUUUGUCCGGAGUUUGGUCAUGUUCCACGGUUUGGUGAAAUCGGCCCAGAAUCUUCACAACGACAUGUUCAACGCCGUCCUUCGCACCGAUGUUCACUUCUUUGACGUCAACCCCAUCGGACGAAUUCUCAACAGGUUUUCUAAAGACGUUGGUCAAAUGGACUCCAUGCUGCCCAUAACAUUUGUAGAUUGUUACCAGCUGUUUCUGCAGAAUGUGGGCGUGGUGGCGGUGGCCGCCGCCGUCAUCCCUCUCAUCCUCGUCCCCGUCGUCCCGCUGCUCCUCUUCUUCCUCUACUUGAGGCGCUACUACCUGCACACGUCUCGGGACGUCAAGCGACUCGAGUCCACAACUCGCAGUCCCGUCUUCUCCCACCUGUCGUCGUCUCUUCAGGGCCUCUGGACGAUCCGAGCGUUGGGAGCCGAGGAGAGGCUGAGGAAAACCUUUGACUGCUACCAGGACCGGCACUCUGAGGCCUGGUUUCUGUUCCUGAUGACUUCCAGGUGGUUCGCUCUGCGGCUCGACAGCAUUUGUUCCGUAUUCAUCACUUUCACGGCGUUUGGCUGCAUCCUGUUCAGAGACGGUGUGGAGGCCGGGCAGGUGGGACUGGUUCUGACCUACGCUGUGACCCUGGUGGGAAACUUUCAGUGGAGUGUCAGACAAAGUGCAGAGGUGGAGAACAUGAUGACUUCGGUGGAGCGAGUGGUGGAGUACACGCAGCUGGAGAGCGAAGCACCCUGGGAAACGGAGAAGCGUCCUCCUCCCGGUUGGCCGAGCGAAGGGGCCGUGACCUUUGACACGGUCAGCUUCUCCUACACCGCAGACGGUCCGCUGGUCCUCAAAGACAUCAGCGCUUGGAUUAAACCCAGUGAAAAGUUGGGGAUCGUCGGAAGAACCGGAGCCGGGAAAAGCUCUCUGAUCUCGGCUCUGUUCCGCCUGGCAGAACCUCGGGGGAAAAUCUACAUCGACGGCGUUUUGACCUCUGACCUUGGCCUCCACGACCUGCGCCAGAAGAUGUCCAUCAUUCCUCAGGAUCCGGUUUUGUUUACCGACACGCUGAGGAGGAACCUGGAUCCGUUUGGCCGGCACUCUGACGAGGAGCUGUGGAGAGCUCUGGAGGAGGUCCAGCUGAAGUCCGUAGCCGAGGAUCUGCCGGGAAAGCUGGAAACGGUUCUGGCCGAGACCGGCUCCAACUUCAGCGUGGGUCAGAGGCAGCUGGUGUGUUUGGCCAGAGCCGUCCUGAGGAGGAACCGCAUCCUCAUCAUCGACGAGGCCACAGCCAACGUGGACCCGCGGACAGACGAGCUGAUCCAGAAAACCAUCCGGGACACAUUCAGGGAAUGUACCGUUCUCACCAUCGCUCACCGCCUGAACACCAUCAUAGACAGCGACCGCAUCCUGGUUCUGGACGGUGGCAUCAUCCAGGAAUUGGACCGACCCUUCGCUCUGCUGCAGAACCAAGACAGCGCCCUCUACAGGCUGGUCCAGCAGACGGGCCGGGCCGAGGCGGCGGCUCUGCUGGAAUCAGCCAGACAGUCUGACCAGCGAACCGAACCGAACGGCUCCCAGAACCCCAGAACGGAGCGGAGCUGUCCAGAGUCCAAUGAAAUGUGAUGUGGACGUACAGGUGUGUCUGAGAAAUGUAGAAGUUCAUAACACACACAGAGUGUUUUCACUGACACAAAUAUCAUAUUUAUAUGCUGAACAUAGAAACUGUAGACAGUUUGUGAUGUUGAGUGUUUUCUGCCUGAAAUCAGUUCAAAUGGUUUUAGUUUUAAAAAACACAAAAUGUCUAAAGACACCAGUAGCUCCAGAAGUUUAAGAAAUAAUAAAGUCAGACUGAUGAAAACAUCAAGUCAGUUAAACUUGUAGAUAAACAGUGGAAAUGAUGCAGAAAGUGUGAUUAGUAAAUCUAAAUGAAAUGUAAAUGCAAUAAUGAAGCUACAGGAUAAAAUAUUACUGAUGGAGAAAACAAACUUUUCAUCGACACUCUGUGUGUUUUUUAUAUCAUGAUUGAAUGUUUCUGGUGCCAGUUUGUGCUGCUGCUCAACUUUCCAAAUGAUGCAUAGAGUUGAAAUGAAAAUAAAGGAGCAAUACGCCUAAUCUUUUCUUAUUGGAUGGAGUAAAUAAACCAAAGAUGGAUAAAUUAGUAGUUUAAAUGAUGGUUCAGCAGAAACCCUGUGGUCGGUCUGGUUGCUGUGCAGCGUUUUGUUUGUUUAUUGAAGUAUCAUUAAUGCUGAACUUUCUCUCUUUUUGUGACACUUUUAUAGUCUAGUUGUAUCUAAAUCAAUGUGUUUACAGUCAAACCAAAUUGUAUUCAGAUAGAAUAGAAAUAUGAAAUGAUUCUUAUAAAAGUGCCAAUGUUUUUGUUGCCUUGCAGUGUUUCUUGUUGAGGGUUUUCUCUUUGCAUUCCAAAUGAUAAUUUAAUUCCUGUAAGGAAGAAAGAAAAGUUUAGGCUGUGAAUGUAAACUCUGUAAUUGUAUAAGUCUUUUCAUAAAUUAGAGUUUAGAAAAUGUUGAUGUUUAGUCUGUUUGUCAGAUGGUUUGGUAGCUGAAAUAAUUUGUGAAGUAUCCAAAGAAAAUGUAUCAAUGUUUCUGUCAACAUGGUCAUUUAAAUUAAAAAAAUCAAUAAAGAAAUAUAUUAGAAAAGUUGUGACAAAGCAAAGAAAGGACAUUUAUUCCAAACUCCUGGAAGAACGACAAACAAAACCAGUUAUGGAUAAAGAUGACGUGUGGGAUCCUCUGUGUCUCCGACCGUGUUUUUCCAGGAGAUGCAUGAGGUGCCGGUUUGUUAGGUAUUGCAGGAUUCUGUUACAGCGUGCAACAACGGGAAGAGAAGAACUUAUAAAUGGUGUAAAAAUGGAAGAAAAUCACUUGGUUUCUCUUAUUCAACAUGAAGUGAUUUAUUGUUUGGUACCACAUGCAGUAAAGACAGUAAAUUUAUUUACCUAGAAAAGAGUAAUUAGUUUUCAAAUUGUAUGGCCCAAAAACAAUAUUUGUUCCUUUUCUGAUGUGGUUUGAAAUGCAUGUUUAUGUAGGAGUUUUUACUGUAACCAGGUAUCAUGUAUGUUAGAAAAGGUCAUAAGUUCUGAUGACGUGUUAGAAAGUUUAGCAGAAAAAAUAUUCAUUUGAAAUAGUAGAAACAUUUACAUGCGUUUGUUCUGUCACUUAUACAGAGACUGUUGACCAGAUGUGCUGCUAUGAAGAGCUGAAGCUGAACAUGUACAAUUGGUUGAUGUAAUUAUGUAUUUCAUCAAAAUGUUGUGAAAAAUGUUGUUUAGUUUUUAGUGUAGAAAGCAAAAAAGCUGCAUUUUAAGAAGAAAGGAGGUUUAGAGAGUCUAGUUUUUGAUCUUUGUGCAUCAGAUCCAGAGACAUGAAAAGAUUCAACAACCUGAUAAACUGGACCGGUUCUGUCAUUGAGAAA